GACACCUCUGUUACAUCUAACCGAUAUGAUUCGUUGUCCCGACUGCGAUACGUCCUUUACGCGAUCUGAUAAUUUAAAACGACAUCAGAAAGCUUCGUGUCGUAAACGAGUACAGUACCAUCCUAAUUCCUCGCUACCGAAUAAAAAACCGAAAUGUGCUACAUCUGCCACCUCUUCCGACCGCUGGUGUGAAACGUGUAAAAUAUAUGUUCCUCAAUCUUCGUACAACGGUCACCUGCGCACCCUACAGCAUAAACAAAAUUGUUGUUCACCUCUUGAGGAGGGAAUCGGUUUCCUUUCCUCUGCUUUCGCUAGCAGGAUUGCUUCGUUUCGUAUUACGUCUGCGAAAUACCUUCUAUCGUAUAACGACUUCUUCACCGAUGUUCUCGACAAAUGCGUGCGUGUUAUACGUAAUCAGAUCCACCUCCACGACACGCUUAAAAUAAAUCUCGAAGUUUUUGGACGUUACGUGCACGAAACCAAACAGUUGGUUGAAAUUAAAUCCUUCAACACCAACAACAAAGUUGUGACUCGAUCCAUCGAUCUUCCCAAUCUUCUACAAAACUUCUUUGAGAUACUUGAGGCUAAAGCGUCAGAAUUUCAAGAACGAGAGUCAGGAUGGAUUUUAGAAAGGGUUCUUUUCCUUGAAAUCAACUUUAACAAGUACAAUCCGCUGAGAGCGUCUUCCUACAUUCCGUUACCGAAACAAAUUUUACUCUAG